AUGGAUUAUGGAGAACACAAAAAGAACCAUACAAACGAUACAAUAGCCAGCGAUACAAAGAAAAACAGCCGCGAUAAAUACCAGUUUAGUAGACGCUUAACAUUCGACCGCUCCUUACGGAUGCCCUCUGAAUUAUUAAGGCGGUCUAAACAUCCACUCCAAAGACCUCCAUCAGAGCUGCGGCUGAAACAUUACUGGGUGUGGAACGCCACGGCGUCGUCGGUGGAGGGCCGCGGUGCGGGCGGGGCGGACGAUCCCGCGCCCUCGCCCGCGCCCGACGCGGAGGCGCCUGUUCGCCGUCGCCGCCACCGCCCGCUAUAUCGCCGACUCUUCCACUAUGUCCGCACCGCGUGGACUGGCGUCAAGUUUGCAUUAGGUCUCACAGCGCAGUCAGAAAAUUCGGAACUCGAGGAGCUGGGUGAACAGUUGCCGCGGUACCGGCCAGAUUCCAUAGCAGCGCUCCGAAGGGCCACCAGGUUCACCGAGCCAGAACUAAAACGUCUCUACAGGGGCUUCAAAGCAGAAUGUCCUACUGGUGUCGUGAAAGAAGAAACCUUUAAGCUAAUCUACUCGCAAUUCUUCCCGCAAGGAGCAAACACCGCCCAGUACGCGCAUUUCGUUUUCAACACACUGGACCAAGAUAGAAGUGGCCUGUUAAGUUUUGAGGAGUUUGUAACCGGCUUAUCAAUACUAUCGAGAGGGACCUUAGAAGAAAAGUUACGAUGGACAUUUUCCCUGUAUGACAUCAAUGGGGAUGGGUGUAUCACCAAGGACGAAAUGACGGAGAUUGUCACCGCCAUUUAUGAUCUAAUGGGGAAGAUAGUGGAGCCAAUGUUGGAAGACGAUGUGAUACGAGAGAAGGUUGAAAGACUGUUUCAGAAAAUGGACUUGAACCGCGACGGAGUGCUGACACUAGAUGAGUUUCUUGAUUGCUGUCUCCGCGACGAAGACAUCUCGAGGUCGAUGGGCGUAUUCGACAGCAACUUCUGACGGCCUGCGGUCGGCGCGCGCGCUUCCACGUGCCGCGUCCCCUGACACCACGCUCUAUCUCCCACUACGUCAUUUUGUACAUAACGAUGAACCUGCAAUUCUUCAUCAGCCAAUUGAUACGUACGCAAAUAAUGAAUGUAGUUAGGAAAACGAAUGUUAGUAGUGCGGUAUUAUAGCACUUGGUGUCAUAGAUUUUGUGUAACCAAUCAAAUGGCCACCCCUAUAAUUGUUAUUACCAGACCAAUUUAAGAAUGACGUAAAGAAAGAUACACGCUGUAUCUUUGAUUGAAUUACGAUGUUAUUGUAAAAAGAAAUGCCUUAUUUAUAAGAAGCUUUAGCGAAGAAAUAACUGGAUUCAUAGAAAUGACGCCAGUUGCUAUGUAUGUAACAAGAAAUGUGGACUUGUUUUGUAUGUAAUUGAUGUGACAUCAAGAAGGAAUGAUGUGCGGCUUAUUUUGUACUAAUAAUUAUGUUAGGACCUUUACUAAUUUAGUAGAAUUAAGUGUCCAGUUAAGAACUUGUUAUAAUUCCAAUAUAAUUAUAGUUUUAUCGUAUAUUCUAGCGGUAUUCUUGUCUUCUAUGGGCAAUUUGUUAGACCCUCGCUAGUUUAGUCAGCUCUAACUGGCUUUGUAUCUUAACAUUCCUCUGACCGGGCUAACAAUGCCGCCUGCACUAUUGCAAGCCUUUUUCAUUUAAUUUAUUCCCUGAGAAUAUAGAAAACCCAUUCUUCUUACAUAGUUGAAUAGUUCUUAAACCCGAAUUGCCACUAUAAAAUCUAUUCUAUGAAUAUUUUAAUAGAUGUAUUACACAAGAUUUUAAUAGUUCUACUUUAACCAAGGCAUUCUACCUAUUAGAAAAAAAUCUAAGAUAAUCUAAAUCUAAAAUACCUACCUAUAGUAUUUUAUCUAAAGAUCUCUAUUUCAAAUGGUAGUUUUACGUGAAUAUCACUGAUAAUAAUUAAAUUUAAAACUACAUAUUUUAAAGCUGUUCAACUAGAUAUAGAAAUUUCUUCUUGUAAUGUGGAUCAAACAUCAUAAUAAUACGAUAAAAAAUUAAAAGUAAUUGGUAAAAAUCGUCGUGCCAUCCAAACCUAAAUCAGAAACUACCUACCUAUAUUUUCAAACUCGUUUUAAUAAAAUAGAAAUUAACACUUACUAUUUUCCAAUUACUAUAAUAAAUAAUUACUAUUGUAAACAAUAAACCAUUUGUGAUAAUGGAGGAAGUAAUGAGACGGACAUAGCUUUCCCGACCAGUAAUUUAUGGGGCCUAAUUAAUAGGUAAAUGACAGAAAAUGCAUUAUAGAAUUUAUCGUAAAGAAAACCACAAAAUCUGUGGUUAUAUGCGUAUUUCUUGAGACAUCACAGUGGAUACAUACUUUUCUCGACAUCUUAUAAAUUAAAAUUAAUUCUUCAAUUUUAUCAAACACUUAAUUUCCUUAAUUUUAAAUUGUUCCGGCCAUUUUUCAUAGUAUUUAGAAUAAUAUUUCCUUUAAGAUAUUUUAUAGUAUGCAUACCUACCGUAUACCUAAGUAUUAAAAAAUCUAACGCUGAUAACCACUAUUGCUAGAUACCUAAAUAUUUCAAAGCUUUAUAGAUACUUUCAAUCUCAAAUGCUUGUUUUAAAACUACUACUAAUCUCACUAGCUAGAGAAAAAGCUAAACAGUAGCUAGCAAUAACUAAAUUGAAUAAAACAAAUUCUUUGCAAAAAGAGUCUUAAAAACACUGCCAUAAAGUCUCCUAACUAUCUUAAUAAAUUAUCUAUUUCAUGCACAUUUCUGUGGUACACAUUUCUUAAUUUUUGUAACUGUUAUAAGUGCCCUCUGUUGUUUCUACAAUGUUUUAUUUUUAUAUGUCAAAAUCAACUUAACAUUAUUGUUUUAAAAAUAACUGUCUACUUCUCACUGUCUCUUGCUUCGAAAAUAACGAUAUUUUCUAAAGAAGAUACCAUGAAAUGUAAAUAUACUUUGUAAAUACCGAUAUUAUAGAUUUUUAACGUGUAUAUUUUCAUAGUAAAUGUUAAAUGGAACCAAAUAACUAGUGGCAUUAAAUAACAUCGUAUUUUAAUAUAGAAAAAAAAACAAUAUUAUUAAAAAAUGACACGCAAAUAAUACCAGCACUAAAAUUAUUAAUAUUAUGUAAUGUGAUUAAAAGGUGAUGAAAUAAUAAAUCUAAAUGAUGUUAAGAUAUUUUAUGUUUGAUAAUAAAUUAAUACGAAAUAGUUACCUACACGUUAGACGACCACAUUGUGCUUAGAAAGUUUUAGCUAAUGACAUCACGUGGAAAUAUUUUCAUGUAAAUUUUAAACAUUGUUUUAUUGGUCGAGCUUACAUAGAUAAGGUUUAUGUGUGUCUUCCCAAUAAUACCGUUACGUUCAAACUAUCUUACCAACCAUUUUGAUAAGCCCCUACCCUUAAAGUUAUGUAUACCUAGUAUGAUAUUCUAUUACCUAUAUUACCGUUAUCAAAAAUUCGUUACAAUAACUAUAACCAUUGCGCCUGUAAUGCCCAAAGGGUUUGGCUGAGGUGACAUCUACUGUUUAUUUUAUUUUAGAUAUUUAUUAUAUAGGAUUAAAACACAAUCUUAUGAUGAAAAUUAGAAGUUAUAAAAUUAGAUAAAAAUAAAGCUAUGUAACAACUUUAAGUUCUUUGUUAAUUUACUACAGUAACUUCUUCCAUUUAUAAUAUGUAUUUAAUUUAGUCCACGAUUGUUUAAUACCUAAAAUAAAUGUCUUAGUGCCAAAUAUGACCCUUAUGUGAGUGCAGCCUUUUGUAAGCUAGUCGUGUUCUGUUUGUUUAAAUCCUACCUAAAAGGUUGCACCGGUAAAUAAAUUCAAAGCGUUUAAUAGGCCUAUUAGGAUGGUAAAAUAAUAUCGAUUUUGUCUUAAGGUCCAUGUACUAGUCUAAAAUCUACAGGUACUUGAUGUUAGUUACUUUAGUAUAUAGAUGCUGUUUUGUCCCAUAGGAAUUAAUUCUGAUUAAAUGCGAUGUCAUAUCCAAUGCUUUUCCAGCGAUUGGCUUGAAGCUUGACCAUGGGCGCCGUCAGGAUUACUUUCAGAGAGUACAUGCAUCAGAGUCAACAUAAUAAGACUAUUUCUCAGUCAACAACUACUUCUUUACAUAAUUUCAUAAUUACCUUUGCUUUAAAAUUACGCCGCGGGCGCCUAUGAUCUUAACAGUAUUAGUUAUUCCAGAUAUCCACGGAAAAUGAAGUACAUAUCAGUCUUUAUGUAGAUUUCUGCUAUGUCUAACAAAUGAAACAACCCACACAUUGAUUUUAAACGUAAUAAAUUAAUCAGUAUGUUAAUUUGAUGUUGUAAUUGUUGCAUAAUGAUCCAGCAUCGGUGUAAUAGUACAUUAUAGCGUGGACGUAAUGAAUAUGUUUAGGAACGAAAUCUGUACAUUAGAUAUUUGAAUAUUGAAUUGUUUAUUUACAAAUUGUAUGUGUAUUUUAUAGAAAAAUAAAUAAAUUCGAGUAA